AUGCGUGGCGAUCCGUUCAUGAUUCGAUUCAUGCAAAAAGCCGGAGAGUUCUUUAGAAAAACCAAAAAUAAUUGGUUGAUCGAUGUUGAAGAGUACAUGUCCCAACUGCCGAACAAUGUAGUGCCUCGAACCAAUUCAUCUGGAGAGAAACUUCGCGAAAAACAACUUCUGGUCCAGUUGCCACGUCAAGACUUAUCAGUGGCAUACUGUAGACACUUGACAACACAAACGGAGAGAAAAGUUUAUGAGGAAUUCGUGAAUGCAAGAAAUGAAAUUGCAUUGGACAUUGGAUAUGUGUCCUCUAAUAUCAAUAAAGCUAUGGAGUGCCACAAAUGCUCGGGAAUUCUGGAAACAAACGAGAUGGCGGUGAUCGCUCCGAAGCUUGGCGAUUCGACUGGAUGGCAUCCGGCUUGUUUCACAUGUCAGACGUGUGAGCAGCUCCUUGUCGAUUUGACGUACUGCGUAAAGGACAACCAAAUCUACUGUGAGCGGCACUACGCCGAACUGCACAAACCGAGAUGCUCGGCGUGUGAUGAGCUAAUCUUCGCCGGCGAAUACACAAAAGCGAUGAAUAAAGACUGGCACAGUGACCACUUUUGCUGUUGGCAAUGCGAUCAAACAUUGACUGGACAGCGAUAUAUAAUGAGAGAUGAGCAACCAUACUGUAUCAAAUGCUACGAGGAUGUGUUCGCCAAUCAGUGCGAUGAGUGUGCUAAACCGAUUGGUAUUGAUUCAAAGGACCUCUCGUACAAAGACAAGCAUUGGCACGAGCACUGUUUCUUGUGUAUCUUCUGUUCCAACUGUUACGACCAGGCUUUCGCAACACGAUGUGAUGGAUGUAAUGAGAUUUUCCGAGCAGGAAUCGGUGGCGCGAAAUUCAUCUCAUUCGAAGACCGACACUGGCACAACGACUGCUUCAUUUGCGCGCAGUGCACGACUUCGCUCGUAGGCAAAGGAUUCAUCACCGACGGUCAUGAGAUUCUGUGUCCCGAGUGUGCAAAGCUCUUUCAAAUCAGUUGA